UGGCUAGUUUCUUCUUUUUUUUCAACUGUACAAGCAGCAACACCUUGGCUCCAUGGGAUAGUGCAUUGGCGCUACACAGACCAGCGAUGGGAAAGAAAACUCGCACAGGAACAGGAGGGCGCAGAACAAUACUGCAACUUUCCCCACCUCGAAGCGGGACAGGCGGUGGAAGAGAAGACGCUUUAGGUUCCGAAGACGAAGGUGAUGGAUACAGUUUUCUGAGAGAAGUAACAACCGAAAUGAGGAUCCCAGCAGUUAAGGCCACAGAGGGUCUGUCCCUCCUGGGGGCCUAUGAGGACAGUGAUGAAGAAGAGGAUACAGACUCACAGCCUUCUACCAUCAAGACCCAACACAACCAGUCUGCAGACAUACUCGCCAACUUCAUGGCCGAAAUUGAUGCCAUCACCACACAGCCGGGCUCAGAGGAACCCACAGGGGAUCUGUCGGCCCCAGCCCCCACCCCACCACGUCCAGAACCCAAAGCCCAGCAACAUGCCUUAGAGACUGGGACAGAGCUGGAGAGCACUGGGGCGGACUUUCAGUAUGAUACCCAUACUUCACUCGCUGGAGUUGGAGGAUUGGAGAUGGGUGACUGGCAGGAGGUGUGGGAUGACAACACAGGUUGUUACUACUACUGGAACACUCAAACCAAUGAGGUGGCUUGGCAGCUGCCUUACUACCUGGCCCACCAGGUGCAAGGCCUGCAGCAGUACGCAGACAGCUCAACAGUCAAUGGCAACGGAACUACACAGAGUGCAGGUUACCAUGAUGAACAACACUCCACUGCCGUCAGUACCCCGACGCCUAAGACAAUAAAGAAGGAGGUGAUGGAGAGCGUGGUUGCCCUGACCAGUGAAGAUGAGGAUCGUCAUGGUGUGGCCGCCUCCCUCCUCGGUCCCCUCAUCCCCGCAGAGGUGAAAGAAGCGGAAGAGAAGUGGAGGAAAAGGCUUGUAGGAGGGCUGGAGGAGAAGGAGAACAGUCUGGAGGAUAGCUUGCCAGGGUCCCCCCCUCCUCCCCUGAAUGUGCCAGACACCCCCACGCACCCCCUGAGAGACCAGCGCAGCAGGAACCAGUCUGUGGAAAACUCUGAGGAAGAGGAGACGGAAGAGGACACCAUGGAGCUGGAGCUGGCUCUGGAGAGGAAAAAGGCUGAGUUACGGGCAUUGGAGGAGGGUGAUGGCAGUGCGGGGGGCUCCAGCCCCUGUUCUGAGGCAAGUCAGGAGGCCCCCGAGCCCUGUAGCCUGCUCCUGAAGAAGGCCAAGUGGAAGACGGCCUUCCUUAGAGCAGCCAGCCCCGACUCAAACAGCAGGGGCUCAGAUACACGGGAAGACCCCGACACAACACAUUCCAAAGUCCCAGAGAAGGCCGGAGAAGAGCAGGAGAAGGAGACCGGGGACAGAACGUUAACCAACGUGCCACCAAAAGAGGAGGUGGAAACUCCGGAGCUCAGGUUUCAGAUCGGAGAACUUGCCAACACCUUAACCAGCAAGAUGGAGUUCUUAGGGAUCAACAAGAAAACCAUCUCUAACUUCCAGCUGCUUCUGUUACAAACUGAGACGCGGAUCGCUGACUGGCGGGAAGGGGCUCUGAACGGGAUCUAUCUCCGCCGUAGGCUGCAGGAAGCCGCCGAGCACAUAAAACAUUACGAACUUAACGCCGCCCCUAAAGGCUGGUCCUGCCACUGGGACAGAGAGCACAGGAGGUAUUUCUAUACCAAUGACCGCACCAAUGCCUCCCAGUGGGACUUCCCAGCUGAGGAGGAAGAGGAGGAGGAGGAGGAGGAGGAAGGACCAGAAACCACGUUGUCCAUACAGGGGGAACCCAAACCCCCACCCGUACCCGCUGGUGGGCUCGCAGUUGCAGGAGCUUCAGUCUUCUCACCCGUCGUCCCCCCUCAGCCUAGCCUUCCCUCCUGUUGGUCUAUGCCUCAGCCCCCACUUCCCCCUGACCAGCCCCCUCCCCCGUCCGACAUCCCCCUGCCCCCCCCUCCACCCCCGGAGUCGCCUCCCCCGCCCCCUCCUCCUCCCCUGGAGGAUGAUGGUGAGAUAGAGGAGGUAGAGAUGGAGGAUGAUGACUGUGAGCCUCCAGCACCAGGAACAGAGCCUCCCCUCCCCCUGGGUGUCGGCAGCAUGAAGGUUGUGGAGUCUACAGCUUCCCUGGGUAAGGGUCAGAAACGCAAAGCUUCAGGAGCAGGUCAGCUGACCAAGGCAGUAACAAUCGGCAGCAGUGCCAUCCUCUAUACACAGAUCACUGCCACGGCAGCCCCUGUGAUGUCAGGAGCUGCCUACUGGGGAGUGUCUGCGGUAGCUGCACCUCCACUGCCUUCUGAACCUGCGGCCCCACCUCUCCCACCUCCCCCUACUCGCCCCCCGCUACCCCCCACUCAGCCCCCCUCUACCCUGGACCCCACAGGGCUUAAAACACUGCCCACGGACAAGACCAAGAAACUGAAGAAGGAUAAGUCGAAGAAGAGCAAGACGAAGAUGCCGUCCCUGGUGAAGAAGUGGCAGAGCAUCCAGAAGGAACUGGACGAGGAGGAGAAGUCUAGUUCCAGUGAUGAGGACAGGGACCAGCUCAACAAGAGGGGCAUCGAGGAGUGGAAACAGCAGCAGCUACUCACGGGAAAAGCUGGAAAGAACGCAAACUUUGAGGCGCUACCUGAUGACUGGCGAGAGAGGCUGUUGAAGAAGAGGAAGAUGAUGAAGAGCACGUAACACGCACACUCCUCUCCCUGCCUCCACAUAUAUGCGUGUGUGUGUGCACACGCCAUCCUCCCCUAAACCCUUACUGAGAAGAAUCAGUGGACUGUGCACUUUUUACGCUUUCACUGUCAUUUUGAAACGGUUUGAAAAGCCCCUCAUAUCUUGGAUGAAUACAUUGGAUGGGUUUGAAUGUUCUUUUUUUUAUUCGCUGUAAUACCCACUAUUGUUUUUACAUGUUACCUUGGAGACUCCCCCUACCAAGCCUCCCUCUCUGCUUGACCUGUUUUAAAGCAUAAAUUCAGUUUUCUGUGAAAUGUUUGGGAAUGCUGGAGUUUCUAAACCUUUGUUUAUAGUGGAGAUCAACUCUUUAUAUGUAGUUGUGAUUUGACCUCCCCCAUGUCUUUUGCCCAUUUUCAUAAACUGUGAUCAAUGACACCUUCCUAAUAACUCUGGUCCAUAUUCAGUUUUUAAUGUUGCUGUAUCACCCUCUGCUGUUACUCUAAAGUAUCCAGGCAGGGCAGAAGACUGCUGGAUGCUUCAACUAUAGUGACUGACAGUACUUUUAGUUUAUUCAUGGUAUACCCUCAACAUAUCCUGUCAGAGUUUUCUUGUUGUCUGACUAAAGAUAUGGUCUUUAAACCGUGUAUACAAGUGCGUUUUCACAUGGUCCAAUAGUGGAAACCGCUUCAUUGCAGACUUUCUCUGCACAAAUUUGAAGUAAAGCCAGUAGGUGAAAUGACCAAACAACCCAUUUCCCAGCCCACUAUUUUUUGUCUUGUCUUUUCCCUUUGUCCAGAGUUGACAAAUACAUGAUGACAUGCCAAUAAUAAAAAUAUGUGCCAAUUGAUUUAUCAUAUUAUACCAUUUGCAGAAAUAUAUUUUCAAUUUGUGCUGAAAGGCAAGUAUAGUUUGGUGGCAAGGACAGCGUCCUGUUUUUUUGGGGAGCAGUUUUCAGUUGUGUACAUUACAUAUGUCUUAGUAAAAACGCCCUUGAUGUUUAUGAUAUGGUGGUGGGGAGGGAAUGCAACAAUAUUGUUUGGGGGAAAAAUAUGGGGUCAAUUUCACGCCUUAAGUAUUGAAUUCAAAACAAAAUAAAUCGUAAACAUCAGAAAUAAAGAUGGAAAUGUGAAGAAUGA